UCCUUAUCCAGCCUCACUGUGGCUAACGUUAACCUCCUCGGGUCGUUGACAGCAGUAGUAAGGGCAUAAAUAAGACAGCCACUCACUUAAAGUCACUGCAGACCUGAGGGUUAUGAGAAACGUGUCGUUACACCAGGAGACAUUUUUAGAAAGACACUUAAUAUUUCCACAGCUGUGUCGACGAGAUAACAUUAACGUUGUUUCAGUGAGCUAACAGCUAGCUAACUUGCUAACGCGUUCGCUAACUUGGAAAAAGCUUUCGAAAAACCUGCUAGAAACUCGAAACAACGCACCAAGUGAAGGAUAUAAAUGUAUCAGACAUAUUCGUGAUGGUGUUUAAGCAGUUGAAUUCAUGAGCAGGUUCAGUGACAGCAGUGCGUAGUCCUCCGGGAUGGGGAGUGGAGUCCAGGAGCAACGGGCCUCACUACAGGGAGAAGUGCUGCCAAACAUCCACCCCAAAACAAAGGACCUGCAGCAGACGCGCUCCAUCCUCAACUCCAUCUUCUCUGGAGCUUUAGCGGGCGCUGUGGCCAAGACAGCUGUCGCCCCAUUGGACAGAACCAAAAUCAUCUUCCAAGUGUCUUCAGAUAGAUUCUCUGGUAAGGAGGCCUACAGGUUGAUCUACCGCACCUACCUGAAGAAUGGCUUCUUCAGCCUGUGGAGGGGGAACUCUGCCACCAUGGUGCGAGUCAUCCCGUACGCUGCCAUCCAGUUCUGUGCGCACGAGCAGUACACGAGGAUGCUGGGAGGCUACUACGGCUUUCAGGGGAAAGUCCUGCCUCCAAUCCCGAGGUUCCUGGCCGGGGCUGUGGCUGGUUUCACGGCAGUCAUGCUGACCUAUCCUCUGGACAUGGUGCGAGCUAGGAUGGCUGUAACGCCGAAAGAAAUGUACAGUAACAUCCUGCACGUGUUUGUGCGGAUAUCCCGAGAUGAGGGCCUGAAGACGUUGUACCGCGGCUUUGCUCCCACCAUGCUGGGAGUUAUUCCCUACGCUGGACUCAGCUUCUUUACCUAUGACACACUGAAGAAACUACACUCAGGUAAUAGCCACACCGGGCGCCCAGAUCCCUACUCGUAUGAACGGAUGGCGUUUGGAGCCUGCGCAGGACUUAUCAGCCAGUCGGCCUCUUACCCUCUGGAUGUGGUGCGGCGGCGCAUGCAGACUGCGGGAGUCACGGGUCACACGUACGGCACCAUCCUGGGCACCAUGAAGGAGAUUGUGGUCGAGGAAGGGAUAAUCCGCGGACUCUAACAAGGUCUCAGUAUGAACUGGGUCAAAGGGCCCCUCGCCGUGGGGAUCAGCUUCACCACCUUUGACCAUACCCAGAUUGUCCUGAAGAAGCUGCAUGAGAUGGGCUACACGGGUCGAUAGUAGCGAUACAGAGGGGGGGUGGGGGGGGAAAUUGCUGGAUGACGUGUUCCCAGUUGAACCAUCUGGAGAGAAGGGAAGUUAGAGAGUGACCAUGGUGUACACACACUGGCUCAGAAUGCCUUAUAUUAAUGUAUUCUCUCACGUUAUCGGUGUGCAGCAGAGGAUGUAAGUGUGUGUGGUCUGUGGGAGGAUACACACUGUUGUCAUGGACAGCGAAGUGCAAUAUGUGCAGUGAUUUUCUGUGCGUUUGUGUGAACACAUGAUUCAUAACGCUCCUGCCCCGGUGGACCAGUCAAUCUGAAAGUUCACACACACACACACACACACACACACACACACACACACACACACACACACACACACACACACACACACACUGGGGUCUCCCAACUGCCUUCGGUGUCUGCUUAAAACUGACACCUUUGAAACGCAGAUUUAAACUUAUUUAUUUUCUAACUUUUCAAGCUGCGUUUGAUAACAGUCAAAUAAGCCCCCUUGAGAUUUUUUUUGUGAGUGCAUUUGUUUUAAGGAAUGAUACCAAAGGAUAGUAUAUAAGAUAGUUAUAGUAGAUUAUAUGAUGUUAGUGGUGUAUUUUUAAGCACAAAAGUUGUCAUAGUACAACUGGAAGAGCAACAAUCAUGCCAUUGUUGCUGCCGUCAUAUGCUCAGUUUUUGUUUGAGUUGCAUUUAUCUACAAGUGGAGCCCGCUAAAGAUUGACAUUAUACUCACCAGUGACAACAGAUAUGAAGUAUAAAGAGUGCCCAUGUGAUUUUGUUUGUUUGCACUGUGACCUAUGAUGGGCUUUUUAAAAGAUUGUGAUUGAAA